CAGGAACAGCGGGAACCUGCAGUCACACAGCUGCUGCAGCUUAUCUGCGAUUGAUUCAGACCUUGUCAGCGUGAUUCUUUGAAUGAUCACAAGAUCGUGUAGCAAAAAAAAAAAAAAAAUAGCUACAGUAAUUUUUAGUUCAGCAGUCUUCGUGGAUGUUUACUGAGUUUCAUAUCUUCAAUCGAUUCAGUGCAGACCAAAAUAAAGAGGCCUCUGUCCUGCACAGACAGUCCUAUUGUCACUUUUGAAAAUUCAUAGAAUUUGCUAAAUCAAUACGACUCCGGACAUAAAGUCUAUUUGUUGCAGUGUGUAUUGUUUAUAAGAUUCUGCACUUUUGCCAUUUUUCUGGCCCAGUCCCAUGGGGGUUGCUAAGGAGAUGUGACGCCGCCGCUCCGCUAUUAAUCAACUUUUACGACCAAAUAUGCCCGUCAGGGUGUCAGCUUAUAUUAACUGCUAUCAUUUUCUGCAUUUUCAAACUGGACACUAAACGGAAAGUCAAGAUAUUCAAUCAUCAGCAACUGCGAGCAAUCUGCCCCUCUUCAGACUGCCCACCCUUUAAGAUGUCCCAGUCCACUGUCGUUGAGGAAGGAGGCACCUUGGAGCACCUGUGGAGCUCUCUAGAGCCAGACAGUACCUAUUAUGAGCUCCCCACAAACAGCCAGCGAGGUGAACACCCAGUAGCCUCUACGAGCACUCCAGGGAAUCAUGGAAACUGUGCAGAGGUCUCCAUGGAUGUCUACCACAUCAGAGACAUGAACGAUAAUGUAAUGUCCCAGUACAACUUGCUGAGCAGCAGCAUGGAAAGCCUGGGGAGUCGUGCCACAUCCGCCAGCCCCUACAGCUCCGAGAACACGUCUUCGUCGGCCGUGCCCACCCCCUCACCUUACUCCCAGCCCAACUCCACCUUUGAGGGUCUGUCCCCUGCCCCAGCAAUCCCCUCCAACACCGACUACCCGGGGCCGCACGUGUUCCAGGUGUCCUUCCAGCAGUCCAGCACCGCCAAGUCCGCCACAUGGACCUACUCUCCUUUACUGAAGAAGCUCUACUGUCAGAUUGCCAAAACCUGCCCAAUCCAGAUCAAGGUGUCCUCCUCUCCUCCUCAUGGCAGCAUCAUCCGAGCUAUGCCAGUCUACAAAAAGGCAGAGCACGUCACAGAGGUUGUGAAACGGUGCCCCAAUCAUGAACUUGGACGGGAAUUCAAUGAUGGUCAAACAGCCCCAGCCAGUCACCUGAUCAGAGUAGAGGGGAACAACCUUUGUCAGUAUGUGGAUGAUCCUGUCACUGGCAGGCAAAGUGUCUUUGUGCCCUAUGAGACUCCACAGGUUGGGACUGAGUUUACUACCAUCCUUUAUAAUUUUAUGUGCAACAGCAGCUGCGUGGGUGGGAUGAACAGGAGACCUAUCCUCAUCAUCAUCACCUUGGAAACCAGAGAUGGCCAAGUGUUGGGCAGACGAUCAUUUGAGGGUCGGAUAUGCGCAUGUCCUGGCCGAGACCGCAAAGCUGAUGAGGAUCACUUCAGGGAACAACAGGCCUUGAAUGACAGUGUGGCCAAAAACGGCAGUGCCAACAAGCGCAAUUUUAAACAGAGUCCACCAAAUAUUCCAAGCCCAAAUAUCAACAUAAGAAAGAGACGCCAUGGAGAAGAAGAGAUUUACUAUAUUCCUGUUCGUGGGCGGGAAAAUUUUGAGCUGCUGAUGAAGAUUAAAGACAGUUUGGAGCUAGUGGAGCUGGUGCCGCAGCCACUGGUGGACUCCUAUAGACAACAAACACAACAACAGCUGCUGCAGAGACCGAACCACAUAUCAUCCCCCUCCUCUUAUUCUCCAUUGUCCAACAUGAACAAGAUGCAUUCACACAGCGGCCUCCCAAAGACACAAUCUGUCAACCAGAUGGUGGGGCACCAACCUCAGCAGCAUCCCAACGCCAACCCCACCAUUGCGCACAUGGGUCCAAGUAUGCUCAACAGCAACCACAUGCAGGGUAACAGUGACAUGAACAGUGGCCAUAGCAGUCAGAAUAUAGUGUCUGCUUCCCACUGCAGCCCACCACCUUAUAACCCUGACCCCAGCCUUGUCAGUUUUCUCACCAGUCUGGGCUGUCAGAACUUCAUUGAGUACUUCACCUCACAAGGCCUCCAGUCUGUCUAUCAUCUCCAAACCCUUACAAUGGAGGAUUUAUGUGCUCUGAAGAUACCUGAGCAGUCACGCCUCGCAAUCUGGCGAGGUCUGCAGGACAUGAAACAAGGAGCUGCUCAUCAACUUCCCAACUCCACCCACCACCAUGAAUACCACGGCCAGCAGCUGCUUCGCUCCAGCAGCAACAUGGCUGCCUCUGCGAUGGCGGCUAUUGGGGGCUCGGGCGGGGAGCUGCAACGUCAGCGGGUCAUGGAGGCAGUACACUUUCGUGUCCGUCACACCAUCACGAUCCCCAACAGGUCUGGCGUUGUGGGGCCAUCGGGGAUACCACCGGCUCCUGAUGAAUGGGCUGACUUUGGUUUUGACAUGCCUGACUGCAAAGAGUCUCGAAGCAAGCAUUCCAUCAAGGAGGAAUUUAUGGAAAGUGAUGUUCACUGAGACUGCAUUUAUAUAAACAUCAUUGUAUUGCUUGUUUAUCGGGUCUUUCAGAGUGCCUGGAAGUUUUGAGGUCUUUCCCGAAGCAUUAACUUCUAUUUAGUUUUUGGAAUAUUCUCAGUAACUUUAACAAUUUUCCCCUCCAACAUAGCACAAAAAACUCCACACAUGUUAACUAAAUUAGAGAAAUGACCUUAGCAUUUUUAACAGUACUUACAACAGUUUUUUUGUCUUCAACAACCAUCUUUUCCAUUAUAAUGUUCACAACGUGUAGAAUGCCAGCCGCCAACUUGUAAGUUUUUUGGGGUUUUUUGGCAUAAAAAAAUCUGAAUUAAAUUAUUUAUUUUAUUUUUGUUUUUUUGUAACUUGUACAAAUGUAUAAAUUGUAUCUUGUAAAUGUUUUACACUAGAUGUAGUUAAGACUAUGUAGAAUCUAAAUGAUGCAUUUCCUGUUUAGAGCCAAAUAGAAAGUCAAAGCUAUAGCUACGAUACCACAGUCAUGUAUUUUUAUUAACUAUAUUAACACGAGUAACGUUUUGUUAAAUAUGUUUUAUCAUGUCAUUGUUGAAAUUAGUUUCAUGUACUUCAGCUUUACUUGUGUAUAUGUUAACAAGUGUUAUAGCUUUUACUAUUUACUAUGUUGUAGAAAAUACUGUUUAUCCUUUUUAGUAACAUACCCACAAAUAGUAGAAAGGCAAAGCAUCACAAACAGUAUUAUAUUGAACUGACUGGAUUUUAAUUAGUUAUGUAAAUAAUAAAUUAAGAAUGGUGUCCCCGUUUAUCAAGAAGCAUUUUCUGAAUAACUUGUAGUCCUUGCAGGGCAAGGUCCACAUAUGUUGAGUACUGCAAAAAGUAGUGUGUAAUAGUCUUAAACCAUCCCUUAGUUUCAGAAAGACUGAAAAACCUUUCCUCAAAGCCCCCUUAAAUAUUAAAAUAUCGCCCAUCUCCUCAAAUGCAAAAUAUAAAGAAGAAAAUAGGAUGGCUAAAGACUUUUCCAAUAUAAUUUAUUUGUGUUCUAUGUCUUUAUGGCUCUUGUUUAUGACCAUAUGAUCCAUUCCAGUUUCAUUUCUAGAGCUCCAAUCAAUUCAAAUAAAUGUUGUAUCAUGAUGUCACAUUUAUUUGGAGAACUUGGGUUUGCACCAAAAGAAAAAUCUGAUUUAUGGCCAUUUUCCUAGGUCCUGUGUAAGAAACCUACUUUCACCCACUCAACACCAACUGGUCUGAGAAUAAGCACUUUAAUGCUUUAAAGGUAGAAGUCCAAAUAAUCAGUAUUAGUCACAUGCAUUUUUAAAAUGUAAAUAAAAAAUGGUGUUUUGUUUUAAAAUUCUGAUCAAAUGGCCUUUGUUUUUUUGUGCCAGUUUUGUAAAGCAAUGUAAGAUGUACUUGUUCUUCAGUGUAAUUUGCUAUUAAACACAGUGUUUUUCUUUAAAUCAAUUUAAAUAGUUCCCCUCCUUAAUGUCUCUGCUUAUCAUACUAAUAAAGAGUUUAAACAUGCA